UCCAUAGCAAGAAAAGAGAUAAACCUUUCUUCGUAGAUGCUUUGUCACUCCCAUCACUACUCCACCAUCCUCGAUGGCUUCUUCCUCCGCCCAAACCCUAACCCUAACAAUCGUUUCCUACCACCCGCCGCUCUCCAUUUCCCCAAACCCCUCCUCUCCUUCCCCACCCGCGCCAUCGACUCCACGAACCAUUCCCUGACCCUCUCCCCCGAUGAAUCCGAUCGAGAUCCCGACCCCUCUCCACUCUCCCGUCGCCAGAACGCGAGUUCCACGGCCCUCCUCCUCCUCCACUCCCCUUCCCCGCCUGAACCGUCGGAAGACGACGCCGCCGCCGCCGCCGUUGCCGGAGGAGACGACGAUGAGCAAGAAGAGGAGAUUCGCCGUAAAAUCGCCGAGGAGGCCUCCCUCGCCACGCGGAGGGUUCCGAGGUUCCCGGGCUCGAUCGAUUUCCCUAGGGCGGAGCCUCUCGAUCCGCCUCGCGAGUUGCGCCUCGUCCUCGGUGGCGAUGAUCGGGUGCUCAAGCGCGCGCUCGAGGUGCGCAGAAGGGUCGCGGCGGAGACGUUGAAGGACGCAAUGCGUGCCGGGAAGCUCAGCAUUACCUACUCCGCCAAUCUCGUCUCUAAGAUGUCGGAUUUUGUCGACCGGAUAGUGAUAGAAGCGGCUGCGAUGAAAGAGGUUCCUGAGUUCUCUCACCUCUCAUUUAAUUCUCGCGCGAAGAGUUACAUCCAACAUUCUGGUGUUGUGCCUCUUAUCAAGUGGUUGAAGCACAAUUCAAUGACAUAUCCCCAAAUUGGGAAGGUAAUUUCUAUGUGCACUGGCAAUCUUGAGAUUAUAAGGCACAUCACUGAGUGGUUGAAAUCGAUUCAUGUGAAAGGGGAGUUUCUUGGGGCUGUUCUUGUGAAGGGAGGAUCUGUUCUUUUCCGCAGCGUAGAUGCAUUGGAGGAGAUUGUAGGUUAUCUUGAGGAUAAUGGUGUGAGGAAGGACUGGGUGGGUCAUGUUGUUACUCGGUGUCCGCAGGUGUUGGCGUUAUCCAUAGAGGAAUUGGAGUCGCGGGUGAGGUUCUAUUUGGACAUGGGAAUGGAUGAAAGGGACUUUGGUACAAUGGUAUUUGAUUAUCCCAGAGUGCUAGGGUUUUUCAGCCUGGAAGAGAUGAAUAGUAAGGUUCAAUACCUUAAGGAGUUUGGUUUGAGUACUGAAGAUGUCAGACGAUUGUUGGCUUAUAAACCGCAACUAAUGGGUUGCAGCAUUGAGGAAAGGUGGAAGCCCCUUGUCAAGUAUCUGUACUACCUUGGUGUUCGACGUGAUGGCAUGAAACGAAUAUUGAUGGUUAAACCUAUGGUUUUCUGUGUUGAUCUAGAGUCUACCAUUGUACCGAAGGUACGGUUUCUACAGGAUAUAGGAAUUAGAAAUGAAGCCAUUGGCGAUGUCCUUGUCAAGUUCCCAUCUGUAUUAACGUACAGCCUUUACAAGAAAAUGCGCCCAGUGGUCAUAUUCCUAAUGACAAAAGCUGGGGUUACACAAGAAGAUAUUGGAAAGGUCAUUGCCUUGGACCCGCAGCUCAUAGGCUGCAGUAUCACAAAGAAGCUGGAGCUUAAUGUUAGGUACUUCUUAUCAUUGGGCAUCCGUCUCCACUCGCUUGGUGAGAUGAUUGCGGACUUCCCAAUGCUGCUCAGAUACAACAUAGAUAUCCUUCGGCCAAAAUACCGUUACUUGAGGCGAGUUAUGGUCCGCCCUUUACAAGAUCUUAUUGAGUUUCCCAGAUUCUUUAGUUAUUCGUUGGAGGGUAGAAUAGCUCCAAGGCACCAAAUUUUAGUCAAAAACAGGGUAAACUUUAAGCUGCGGUAUAUGUUGGCUGGCUCUGACGAAGAGUUCGAUCAGAGGGUUCGAGCUGCAGUCGAGAAGAGAAAGAGAUUUGAGUCUAGCUCUGGGACCAACUUUGACAUCUCUGAUCCUGAUUCUGCUGAAGCGGCUCCGACGGCUCCUUGAAAAGAAAAAGGUAAAAUGUGUGGACUUUAAAAUAUAAGGUUUUUUUUCGAAGGGGUACCUGGGCUUCAAAAUUUUUGAUUUUUGUAUUUAAUCUUACCUUCCCUUUUUUUUCCCCAGAAAAUCUCGUUGGAAGUUUUCUCAAAUUCUGCUAGAAUUUGACUGUUCAUGUUAAACAAAUUAUAGAAUAUUUCAGAAAUUAGGAAAUAUUUAUAUAUUCCAAAAUGUUCCAUUGUAUUCGAAUAGGAACAUGCUUAAAUCAAAUAUAUUUAGUAAGGUUAUGAACUAAAAUUAAAAUCUAUCAAGUUCAGGUACCAUACCAAUCUCAAAUUGUGCUGUAAUUAAAAUGAGUAGAGUCCAUGUUUUUGUCUUUUUUCUUGAAUUUAACCAAAAGAAAAUGAGGAGGGAGAAGGCUGUUGGCUGAUGAUGGAUUUGUUUUUUUUUGUUUUUGAGCAAUAACUGAUGAUGGAUUUGUUGUGAAGUGUUUUUACUUAGUAUUAUUGUAAAUAGUGUAAACAAUCUUGGCUAAUUUGUGUCUACAAGAGUAGCCCAAUAUUUUAAUUCGGUAAAA